AUGACAUACGAAACCAUCAGCAGAUCAUGUGUUCUGUUCAUAAAGAAAGUCAUCAAAACAUGAUGUGUGAAAGCUGCUUAAAGCUUAUCUGCCAGGAUUGUGCCCUGGAGGCUCAUGUUGAUCACGAAGUAUCUUCAGUGGAAGCUGUACUUCCCAAGUACAAAAAAGCAGUUGAUGAGCUUUACCCAAGCACUGGAGACCCAGAUACCAGCAAUACAGGACUAUGUUACCUUCCUGGACACACAGGAGACAAAUAUACACAACAAGCACAAGGAAAUUAGUGAAGUGAUCACAAAGCAAGCAAAUCUAUUACAUAAACUGAUUGAUCAACAAAGACAGCAGCUGUUAGAUAAGCUGAAUGCAGCAUGCCAGGGAGAGGUGAGAAAACUGCAAGCAAAAUGCAAUGAUCUCAAAGCUGCAGAAAUAUCAAUACAACAAAAUACAAACUUGCUUGUUUUCCUACAAAGAUUUGGGACACCACAAGAAACUAUUCUAAUGUACAAGCCAAUUGCUGAAAGACUCAACCAAUUGAGACACAUGAAGCCUGAUCGUUUGAGUCACAGGCUCAUGACUCAGUUCACAUUACGGUCAUCAACAGAGAUGAAUGCACAAAUAAUGUUUGGCCAUCUCGAUAUCAGCAGUGUUCCAUUUGAUCAAGAUGAUUCCCAACAACCACACCUGGCAGCUUCCAGUGUGAUGCCCCAUAUCCUACAAACUCCUCAACUAAUGGCUAUGUUUGAUGCGAAACUAGAUACUGACUCAGUUGAUGCUUGGCCGACUGGCAUAUGUGUGACUCAAGAGGGGUUUGUUAUUGUGGAUAGGGACAACAGAAAAGUGAAAAUAUUUGACAAAGAUGGCAAGCUUAAAAGACAAUUCUCAGGCAAAGGUGAUCAUGUACUAGGUAGCCCAUUUGAUGUCAUAGUUCUUCCAAACAACAACAUUGCUGUAACUGACUACAAGGAUGAAGAUGUCAAGAUAUACGACCAAUUAGGAAACUGUGUGACCGCAAUCACUGGUCACUGUCGGCAUCCUCGAGGAAUAACCACAAACAAGAAUGGACAAAUCAUUGUGGUUGACUGUCAUUUACGUCAAAUUAUGACUUUUCAUCAAUCAAGUGGGGAACUUCUAUCAACAAUUAGGGCUAUGGAUAACAGUGGUGGUCAGCUUUUGACAGACCCAUAUUACAUCACGGUAACUGAUAUUGGUGACCUGGUGGUGACAGAUCAAGCUACUCCUAACUUGAAAAUACUGAAUUCCAAGGGAGAAUUCCUGUCUCAGUAUGGAACAUACGGCACACACCAGAACCAAAUAUUGCAGCCAUAUGGUGUUUGCAUUGACAGCCAUGGAUAUAUCUUUGUUGCUGACCACCAAAACAGCAGAAUACAUCUCUUGCUCCCUGAUGGUAGAUUCUUGAAGUUCCUCCUCACCAAACAAGACAAAAUAUGGCAUCCAGUGGCCAUAGAUUGUGACAGUAAUGGUCACCUUGUUGUAGCAGAAGCUCUUGGAAAAAUCAAAAUAUUUAAAUAUAUUUGAUCACAUUGUUAGGAUGUUAAUGGAAUCCACAAGACUUUGUAACCAUCUUAAUACUUUCUGGAAUAUCACCUUCCAGAAGGGUACAAAAGGCAAACCAAAAGAAAUAGCAAACAACAGAUGAGAUGUGUUGCAGUAUAU